GUAAAACAUGGUGGAAAUUUAUUUUACUGCCUAUUGCUACUCAACUAUAUCAUCCCAUCCAAUACACUAGUUGUAGCUCUACUUCUUGUCUUUACCUUGACAUUAUGGUAAUUAUAUUAUCGCCUGCAACUGCUUAAGGUUCAGUGGAAAUUCUAUCAAUAAGCAAUGAAUGAGUUCUCGCAUAGAUUCAAAAAUUAAGAAAAUAUUACAAAUGCUGAAUGACAAAGACAAUAUUAAAGGCGAAGAGAGAUCUGAAGAAAACAAAUAAGUCUAUCAAGAUGCUCCAGAAAGACAUAACAUCGCAUACGAAAUCAUAUAAUAAAGACCUCAGGAAUUUUAUUAAGAGUAUCGAGCAGAGGAGCCAGAACUUUAAAGGGACCACUCUUAACCACAGAAAUGAUAUAAUCCCUAGUGCAAAUUACAAUUCUUGCAGAAAUUUUGAGCGACAGUCAUACCACAACGAAGAAAAAUUUAAGGAAAUUAAAUUAGGCAAUAUAAACCCUACCUGGGAUACUAAACGGAUGAUGAAUAAGAUCAAAGAGAAUCCUUCUGGAAGAUCUUCAGACUCUUACAUGAAGAUUCUGAGGAAAUUAAAGAUCACUAAAAAUCAAUCUCAAAAAUCAUUGAAACAAGCAAGGAAUAAUUAUUCAUUAAAAACUUUGAAUAUUUAUUCAUCAAAAUCUCCAAAGAUACACAAGGUUACGAAAAAGAGGGAGUUUCGAGAUCUAUCAGAUGGGCCUUACUUCUCUACAAUUACCAAAGACUUAGAGAUGAAUGCAAAUAUGAAGAGGAGUCCAUCUAAGUUACAGCCUUUGCAUUGUAACAAUGAUAUUUCCAUCAGGAAUACACAAAAUUUCCCUGAAGGCAUAAGAAAGCCGAGGAAAUUAGUAACAAAGCAGUCUAACUUUGAUGAGCUAAGCUCAAGGUUGUCAUAUAUAAAGUCUCCCAUCGUAAGCUCACCAGAUCGGUGAAUGCUCAUCGAAGAUCAUGAGAGGCUUCAGUGAGGCAAUAAGUUUAACUAUCAAUUUCCAAUAACUAGUAGGAAUGAUAAUUGAACUAACUAUGUUAAUACAGAAGUAAUCUGUCAAGAUCUGUAUAAAUUGCCUGAGAAGAUCAACAGAAUUCCAAAAAGACCUGUCCUUGAGCAUAAGAAUAGAUUUAAAAGGGACAAGAAACGCAGGCACUACAAAAAUUCGGCCCCACAAUCUUUAUCACAAGAGAAGCUAGAUCAUCAAGAGAAUUGUGAGAUUCAUCUAAAAGAGACUGAGAGGAACAAGGCUCCUCCGAAUGAAAUCUCGUGAAAGGAGACUAAGCGUGAUGAUUCAGAUUCUUUCACUACAAUAACAACAAAUUCACCCUCUUUUAAGCACGAAAUUAGGGGAAUUGAUAAAGUGGUCAUAAAAUGAGCAUUUCAAGCACACAAAAAGAGAGAUACAAGUCAAGAGAGCACUGAAAAAAGUUGGGUAAAGCCAAUCAAUUUCCCUCUUCAAAUCAAAGACAACUAUGGAAACACUGACUUGUUCGAAUAAGUUUCUAAUUCAACAA